GAUAAUGGAGAGGCUACAGAUAAAGAACUGGAAGAUGUCCUUAUCCUUGAGACUGAUUUGUCAUCCAUGGAGCACGAUUUGGAAAACAGGUCAAGUGCAACUGAGGAUAUCACAUCACAAAUAGAUGACUGCUCAUAUUACGUCACGUGGACAGUUUACAUUGCUUUAGCUGUUCCAGUAGGUGAAGAAGCUGAUGCCCCUGAGGCUCCUGAAAAGGCCAAGAACAUGAAUAAAAACUCAGCCGUUGUUCUGAUAAAAGCCCACAAAGCUCAGAGCUGCUAUCACAUUGAAUACAUGUUAUUGCCAAAUGAUACAGAGCGAGUCAAAGUGGACCUAAUAGUGUUUGGACCAGUAGCAAAAAUGUACAAAGAAGAUGAGUUCAAGAUCUUGAGGACCUGGCGUGAAGGAGACCAGAUAUGGGUUGGCUGGACCCAAAAUUUCAAUGUCAGAGUCACCAGGAGCAUGUUGAUCAGGCUACUUCCUCACAAGAUCAAGCUCCAGAUAUGGAACAGUAAGGAAAAACUGUGCAGCCAGGCCCGCUAUGAAAGACUGAAAGCCUUCAGGCUGCCACUGGAUCAGCCUGAGGAUGCAACAGACAUGUGUGGUGGCAUCAAGCCUAUGAUAAUCAAUCUGAGAAACAUAUGUGAGAAGAAGUCAUUCACAUCAAAAAAGCACAAAAGUUCUGCAAAGUUUAACUCCAAUUCAGAGAUGGGCUCAGAAACAGAUAAGAAGUUGGAUCCACAAAUGAAAACUGGUUUUCAAAACCUGACAACUGAUGAUCUUGACACCAUCAAAAAUAUUGGCACAACAUCUGUUGAAAUCAGUCCCAUUUGUUUGUUGGCAGGUGAGACCUCGUUUACUGGACAGUUCCCAGUCUGCUCAUCUGGUGUAUUUGAGGUCAUCUGCAACAUCUCUCUCGACAAACCUCUAAUACCUGGCCAACUGAAAGCUGAACUCAAUCCACUGGUCAUCACAAUUUUGUCAGCCACCUCAAUGCCUUCAUCCCCGGUUCCUUUCCACAUUCUGCAGGAAAAAUGCAUCCCUGUAUAUUGCCAGUACAAGUUCCAUAACUUGCACAUGCACAGAACAGACUAUCACAAGCAUGGUGCCAAUAUCUACUUCAGAGAUGUGAAUGUGAUUCUGACUGGUUUGAUGAGUCCUCAGGAGCUCCAAGAGUUCCUCUCUGGUCCACCCCUGCAGAUAGAGGUUCAUGAUCAUGACAGAAAGUUGGAAGAGAUGCCAAAAACUCAGUUUGGCAUGAGGUCGGAUGGUGAUGCGCAAAGCAGUGUAGCACUGUUCAAACAGAAAAUGAUGGACUUUAACUCUCAUGGAAUUGUGAAUCUAAACCUCUCUGAGUUGCUAUUUGGGAAGAAAAGUAUAAAGGCAUGUUUACCAAUAAAAUGCUGCCCUCAACCUCUGCUGCUGGGCAGGAAUAGAAGUACAUGGAGCAGGAAGAUUAUGGACACAAUAGCUAGCAGAGAGCCUAUGCCACAGGGCCACUAUUUUGAGGCCAAUUCUCAACUCAAAGUCAAGGUUGAGAUAGCUUGUCCACUCAAUGUUAAGAAUGACAGCUGUGAGAUAGAUUCCUAUGGCAGACCAUUUGGGCGCAUUAUCUACCUCUUUGAUUACAACAACUUCUCUGUGAUGACCAAGCUGAGAUCAGAAAUCCUCAGAAUCAACACGUCAGCCUCACUGGAAACCACUGAGAGAUGCCUAUCAAAUUACAUAAAUUCUAAGCAUGAUGAGAGCAAGGAUCUGGAUUUUGUUACAGGAUUCCAUGUGCUAGAUAAGAGGAUGCACAUCUUUGUUCUUGAAGGGCUGAAACAUAAAGCAGUGAGGAGGCUCUGGGAGGCUGUUCCUAUGAAGCUAAGUGGGAGUGAGGAGGAGCAGGUGAUAGUCCUCUACAAUUCAAACCUGGGUUUCUUCAAGCGCAUCUAUGACUCAUUAGAUGUGGGCCUGAGUCCUAUUCAUCUACACGAGUCCCUAGAGGCCAUCAUGAGACAGCCUCUUGUCUACAUUAGAGGCAUGGUCCCCCAAGCCUGCUUCCAAGCGUUAUCAAGGUUAAGCCAGCUGUGUGAAGUAAGGCAACUCAAAGAUGUGGUGCAGUAUGAUCUCUUCCCCUCAGCUGACAUGAUCCUCAGCAUGAGCAAAAAAUUUGGCACAUGUACUGAGCACUGGGAGCAACAAGCUGGAGCAAACUCUGAAGUGAACAUGUCCACUAUGCCUGUGAGGAUGAAAACACAUAUGCCGCUUGACACCCAUAACAGAGAAUACAUGAGAUGGAGACAGCAGGGCCAGCGGAGGGACUUUAUUCAGGAAAAUAUUAAAAAGGUGCAAGAGAAAAGUGAACAGUUGCAGAAGCCAGAGGCUGCUGUAUUAAGGACGGAGCAGGCUGAAGCUAGACCAGCACACAACUACAGCAUCCAGACCUUCAACUCAAAUGAACAAGCCAAGGAGCUGCUUUGGAAAGAGAUGGCAAAGGUGCCAGGGCGGAGGUUCACCUACUGUCAACAUUACCACAGUGCUACAGUGGAGCCUGGAGAUGAGACCUCUAAAAAUGACUCCAGCUCAGUUACUACCUCUAGGAUUUGGCUCACAAGUACAAGGACUGAUGUGUCUAAAGUGCACCCCGGAUACCCAGAUGAGGCUCGUGUGGAAGAGCUGCGAAAGCCAUGGAGAGAGAACAUCCUACAUGCCAACACAUUGAAACCCAUUCUUGAACGGGACAAAUGGGCCUGGAGCCAGCGCCAUGAGGACUUUGAACUCUACAGCAAACCUCCCCCAUUCCUCAGCAUCCCUCCUGUUGUUAGGCUGUGCCACAAAACACUCAACUACUAGAUUUGUUAUGCCUUUUGUUGUGCUUCAUUUUGUUGUAUGAUGAUAUAUUUUUUCUUUCUUGUGAGUAACUGGCCAAAGGUUACCAAGAAUUAGUGUCAGUCCCUGAGAAUCAAAUAGUGAAAGCUUCUUUAUUGACUUGUGAAAUUUGUCAAGCAACAAAUUAAUAUACCAGAAUGCCAUACAGGCACAAGAUGUCACUUACUGCAGCCCACAUAACAGGCCCAUGGGAAUGGCUGUUAAACUGGUUUUUCUGUUGUUAUAUGAUAUAGUACCGAGGACACAAUUACACUUCAAUAAAGGUAUUACACUACAAAAAACACUUAAAGUGCUAGGUGGCCCACUUACUUACAUUCUCUAAAUUUUUAAGUGUUACUUUAGAUUGCUUACUUGAGAUUUUUAGAUUAGUUGCGCAAGUUACUUGCUAGCAGUGAUUUGUAUGCAAUAGAUCAAAUGGAUGGUAAAACAUAGGGAGCCAAGCAGGUUGGCAGACAAAAAUAAACAUUGAGCCAGUUAAGCAAAAUCACAACACAGCAUUAAGAUUUUCAGCAUUCACAACAUGUUAAUUAUAUUUCAUACGUUCAGACCUGACCUUGUCAAGGAAACAUUAUUUUCUGCACUACAGCAUGUGUCCAUCCAGCUGACAAAAAAGUAAUGUGUGACCAGAAGAACUGAUUUACAUGGGAGCUAUUUAGAAGCACAAAAGUUAAUGAGUAAGCAUUUGAAGAAGGAGAGAGACUUUAUGUAGGUCGAGCUGAGUCAAGCUUUGACUACAGUAAAGAGUUACAUAUGUGGUGUGAAACUUGUUCUAUUUUAUGAUGUAUAAAAACAGGCUGCCUAAUUUAAAUAUGAUCUGCAGUGGAGGUUCUCAUAGGGGAACAUAAAUUAAUGUUGUCUCUUCCCAGUCAGAGCUUGGUGCACACUCAGUGUAUCCUUUGUGGAAAUGACAGGACUGUAUCUUAGAAGCAAAUAUCAACUCUGUACAUAUUCUGAUUUCAUACAGUCCUGUCCAACAAGUGUCAGUAUCAGAUAUGGCAACCUAUUAAUUGUCUAUCAGGCUAAGUACAAAUAAGGCUAAGCUUAAAGUGUCUUUUGUCAACUUGUAUGUUAAGCAUUUGGCAGUCUCCAUUGUUUUGAAGUGGUUGGCACACCAAGUACUUUUUCUUGUCUUGCAAGCUCUGUGUGUGCCAUUGUGUUUUCAGUAUUUAAAUGGUGAGUAACACAAGGCCAUAACAUGGUAAGAUCUGCUAUGUGAUGGCGAUGGGAGACUAGGCUGUAACUAGCAUGAGUGCUCUGAAUAUAGAAGUCUAACAAUAUCCAAAAGUAGAUUUUUUCCUAUAACUGUCUGGGCUGUUGUCUCAGUAUCUAAAGCCAGUAUUGAUAUGUUUUGAUCAAAGUUCCAGAUGGUGGAUAUUUGAGCAAGUAUCAGUCUGUCUGCUGGGUCACACAUUUCCACACCACAUUGGAAAAUAAAUUUGUACUGGCAGAAACUUCAAUAUAACAGCAGCGAACAAAAUUCAUGUUUCUGUAAUGCUGAUCCAACCAUCCUGUGCAGUAAAAAUCAUUGUCCACCCUAUUUAGUUUAAUACUUAUAGGAAUAGUAAAGCAUCAGAUCUAUUGGAUGUUUAAUGUGUUGGUGUACUGUGGAUCCUCAGGUGACUGCAGAAAGAACAGCUUGAUGCAGCCAGAGCUCAGUACAGUCACUGGCUGAAGAGGCUGCUUCCUGUCAGCAGCACCGUCUCAGAGUUGUCACAUGGGAGGAAAUGGAAAGAGGAGCCUAAAAACUAUUCACUGAGGAAACCAGGCCUACAUCUCAAGCUCACCUGCCAGCAAGAGCACAGAUGUGUCGACCAUUCAGUGAAAAACUUACGGAAAAGGAGUAAAAACUGUGGUCAUGAAGACAUGUUGGAGGACUUUAUAGACACAUUCAACAGCCUCACCACUCUAGCCAUUGCCUCAACUGUGUGUGAUGAACCUCUGAAGAUCAAAGCAGAGGAAAUGGAGAGUGUGGCUUUGGCUCCAGGCCCCUGUACAAACUGCAGCUUCAGCAGCAAAAAUGGCUGCAUCCCAGGACACAUCUCUCUGUACAACAAGUCAGACUACAUGUCAGUUCAUGUUAGGACUUUUAUUUAAAAAGAGAGUGAGAUCCUAGAGAAAAUAUUUUAAAAAGUCUGUCUUAAUGUGGGAUGUUAUAUUAAUUCAUGCAGUGUAUACAUAAAAAAUAGCAUUCGUUGAGUGCCCUGCUUCUGACAGACAUGGUAAAUGGUCUUAUACUUAUAUAGCACUUUUCUAAGCUUUAUAGCACACUCAAAGCAUUUUCACACUAUUUGGCCAUUCACCUAUUAACACUCACAAAAGCUCACACAUUCCCACACCAGUCACCCCCAACAUGGAGAAGAGCAUUUUUAUUUUUCAAAGGUCUGCACCUAAAAUGAAAAUACAUCCAGCA